AUGGACAACAACAUGGAAAUCGAUACUGCGCGGUCCCCCGAGCCACACCGUUUGUCGCCCGCGAGCGACCCGGGCUCCAUACCGACUCUGGACGGGUGGAUCGAGAGUUUGAUGACUUGCAAGCAAUUAGCGGAGGAGGACGUGCGACGGCUGUGCGAUCGGGCAAGAGAGGUUCUGCAGGAGGAGUCCAAUGUGCAGCCAGUGAAAUGCCCAGUGACAGUCUGCGGUGAUAUACACGGACAGUUCCACGACCUAAUGGAGCUGUUCCGCAUUGGCGGUCCCAACCCGGACACAAACUAUCUCUUUAUGGGUGACUACGUCGAUCGUGGUUACUAUUCCGUGGAGACCGUGACCCUCCUUGUCUCCUUGAAGAUCCGUUACCCCCAGCGUAUUACCAUCCUUCGUGGAAACCACGAGUCCCGACAGAUCACACAGGUCUACGGCUUCUAUGACGAAUGUCUCCGCAAAUAUGGCAACGCCAACGUGUGGAAAUACUUCACCGACCUCUUUGAUUACCUUCCCCUCACUGCUCUCAUCGAAAACCAGAUCUUCUGUCUUCACGGUGGACUGAGUCCGUCUAUCGACACCCUUGACAACAUCCGAUCGCUCGAUCUGAUCCCGAUGACCGUUGCGGAUGGGGAAUCUCUCCCCCGCGGUGCUGGAUACACAUUCGGCCAGGAUAUCUCGGAAGCCUUCAACCACAACAACGGCUUGACUCUGGUGGCACGUGCCCAUCAAUUGGUGAUGGAAGGAUAUAACUGGUCGCAGGAUCGCAACGUGGUUACCAUCUUCUCAGCCCCUAAUUACUGUUACCGCUGCGGCAACCAAGCCGCAAUUAUGGAGAUCGACGAGCAUUUGAAAUACACAUUCCUACAAUUCGACCCUUGCCCCCGAGCGGGAGAACCUAUGGUAUCGAGGCGCACACCCGACUAUUUCCUGUGA